GGGAGAAAAUACAAACAAGUAUCGGCUGCAAAAUGCUUUUGAGCAAUCAACCGGCAAACACGAAACCCCAACAGCAAACGCAGCCUUCGUCGCCGUCGCAGAACUUCAAGUCGAAGCUUCAGCAACAAAUUGCGAGCAUUGCCAACGGGGGCAGCUCUCAUCAUCAUCAUCAUCAGCAUCAUCAGAACCACCACCAGCAUCAUAAUCAUCACCAUCAUCCGCUGGACAAUCAUAAUCAUCAUCAUCAUCAGGCGCAGCAUCAGCACAACAUUUCCUUCGCCACGGAUUUCUCAAUUGCCGCGAUUAUGGCGCGCGGCGGAAACGCCCCAAGCAGCCGGGAACCUUCAGAGCGAAGUCUGAGUCCCGCAUCAUUGGAGCGUUAUUCCGGCCAGGAUGCGGACGAUGAUGUGGAUGUUGACGUUGAUGUGGUCGACUGUAGUGACACGGAAACGCCGACGGCAACAUCAGCAGCGGCAGCAGCAACUGCAACGGCAGCGGCGGCUGCAGCAGCUGCAGCAGCAUUGCAGGCGCAGCAGCAAGCGCGUCAGGCGUUGCGUGUUGCACAGCAACAACAUCAGCAGCAGCAGCAGCAGCAGCAGCAGCAACAAAGGCAACAGACACAUCACCAGGCAACAGCAAACAAGCAACAACGCCAACAUCACAAUCAUCACAACAGCAGCAGCAGCAGCAACAACAGCAGCAACAACAACAGCAACAACUCGAGCAGCAACAAUAACAAGUCAAGCGGACAUCGAGGGCGUUCAGUUGGUGCAGUUGGAGGCACUGCCACGCCCUCGCCGCCACCGCCACCGCCCUCACAGAGUCCCGAGGAAAACGAACGCCUGUCGCCAGAGGAAUCGCCAGCGCAGCAGCCCACGCCCAAGAUAGUGGGCUCUUGCAACUGCGACGAUCUCACGCCCGUUCAGUGCCACCUGGAGACCAAGGAGCUGUGGGAUAAGUUCCAUGAAUUGGGCACUGAAAUGAUCAUUACCAAAUCGGGCAGACGCAUGUUUCCCACCGUUCGUGUUAGUUUUUCGGGUCCUUUGAGGCAGAUUCAACCGCCGGAUCGGUAUGCCGUCCUCCUGGAUAUUGUGCCACUGGAUUCGCGACGUUACCGCUAUGCCUACCAUCGGAGCUCAUGGCUGGUGGCCGGAAAAGCGGAUCCACCGCCUCCUGCCCGGAUCUCCCAUCCGGAUAGUCCCAUCAGUCCGGAGGCAUUGCGAAAACAGGUCGUGUCCUUCGAGAAGGUGAAGUUGACAAACAACGAGAUGGACAAGAGCGGACAGGUCGUGUUGAACUCAAUGCAUCGCUACCAGCCCAGGAUCCACUUGGUGAGGCUCAGCCAUGGCCAGAGCAUACCCGGCAAUCCCAAGGAGCUGCAGGAUAUGGACCAUAAAACCUUCGUUUUCCCGGAGACCGUAUUCACGGCCGUGACGGCCUAUCAGAAUCAAUUGAUUACGAAACUGAAAAUCGAUUCGAAUCCGUUUGCAAAGGGAUUUCGCGAUUCGUCGCGUCUCACCGACUUUGAUAGAGAUCCCAUGGAUGCCUUCUUUUUCGACCAGCAUAUGCGAGCAGCUCCUCUGCGCUUUUUCCCUGAUCCUUUGAUGGCCCAACUGACGCCCCAAGAGGCAGAUGCCGCCUCCUUGGCACUCCUGGAGAAGGCUCGCCAGCACUUGCAAAUGUUCGGACGAUCCCCAUACACGGAAAUGUUGCUGCCGCAUUUGUAUCAGCGAUCGGCGGCGCCACCGCCACCACCACCUGCUCCCCACCUAAGCGCCUUUCAGCUGGGAAUGUGGCAGCAACAGUGGCCACAGUUAACGGCUGGGUUUUUGGCCAGUGCCAAUCAACAGGCAGCCUUGGCCUUGGCGGCGGCGGGUCAGGCCAAUAGGACACCACCACCGCCACCAACGGCAGUGGCACCACCGGCACCUGCCACGCCCACAUCCUCGUGCGGUUCGGCAUCACCGGAUCUAAGGAUUAGGCCCCAGUUGGGACACUAUCCCCAACGUUUCAGUCCUUAUCAGGUGCCGCAACAUCAGGCCUCACCACCAACCUCGAAUCGGGCAGAGAGUCCUUAGGAAACAACACAAUAAUAACUAAACCACCCAAGAGAAAUAACAUAAAAUCCCUAUUGAGCCCCACCCCAAGGAUAUGGCGAUGUGGUCCUUGAAUUUAUGA